ACAGCUGGAUCAGGCUGCCGCAGAGCCCUGAGCGCUUUGGGGAGGACAUCCGCACACCCGCCUCCGGCAGCACACAGCCAACCACAGCUGAGCGACAGCCAACAAGAGCCAAUCACAAGGCACCUUUGAAUACUCAGGAUGCAGAUGUCUUCAGCCCUCGCUUGCCUCACCCUGGGCCUGGUUCUGGUCUCUGGGAAAGGGUUCGCUUUACCCCUCCGAGAAUCCCACACAGCCCAUCAGGCCACCGACUUUGGAGUAAAAGUGUUUCAGCAGGUGGUCCAGGCCUCCCGAGACCGGAAUGUGAUCUUCUCUCCCUAUGGCGUGUCCUCGGUGCUGACUAUGCUGCAGCUGACCACAGCGGGGAAAACCCGGCAGCAGAUCCAAGAUGCCAUGGGGUUCAAAAUCAAUGAGAAGGGCACAGCUCAUGCCCUCCGCCAGCUCUCCAAGGAGCUCAUGGGGCCAUGGAACAAAAAUGAGAUCAGUACUGCGGACGCCAUCUUUGUCCAGCGGGACCUGGAGCUGGUCCAGGGCUUCAUGCCUCACUUCUUCAAGCUCUUCCAGACUACGGUGAAACAGGUGAACUUCUCAGAGGUGGAAAGUGCCAGAUUCAUCAUCAAUGACUGGGUGGAAAAGCACACCAAAGGUAUGAUCAGUGACUUACUGGCCAAGGGGGCUAUAGACGAGCUGACACGCCUGGUGCUGGUGAACGCCCUCUACUUCAGUGGCCAAUGGAAGACCCCUUUCUUAGAGGCCAGCACCCACCAGCGCCUCUUCCACAAGUCUGAUGGCAGCACCAUCUCUGUGCCCAUGAUGGUGCAGAGCAACAAGUUCAACUACACUGAGUUCACCACCCCGGAUGGGCUCGAGUAUGACGUCGUGGAACUGCCCUACCAGGGCGAAACCCUCAGCAUGUUCAUCGCCGCCCCCUUUGAGAAAGAUGUCCACCUCUCGGCCCUCACCAAUAUCUUGGAUGCUGAACUCAUCAGACAAUGGAAGGGCAACAUGACCAGGCUGCCCCGCCUCCUCAUCCUGCCAAAGUUCUCUCUGGAGACGGAAGUGGACCUCAGAGGGCCCCUGGAGAGGUUGGGCAUGACUGACAUGUUUAGCGCAACCCAGGCCGACUUCACAAGCCUUUCCGACCAAGAGCAGCUCUCUGUUGCACAGGCGCUGCAAAAGGUCAGGAUCGAGGUGACCGAGAGCGGCACAGUGGCGUCUUCCUCCACAGCCUUUGUCAUCUCCGCCCGCAUGGCCCCCACGGAGAUGGUUAUAGACCGAUCCUUUCUCUUUGUGGUUCGGCACAAUCCGACAGAGACAAUCCUCUUAAUGGGCCAGGUGAUGGAGCCUUGACAGUGAGAAGAGAAGCCUUCAUUUGGGACGAAACUGGAGAUGUUUAUGAGCAGAAACUCUGAAGUUAUUUUAAGGACUCUAUGGGGGAGAAUCUCCUUUACCCCCACACUGGUAAAUCUUUCUAACCAGCAUCGCAGACCUCGGACUCUCAAGGGGAAAGAAUCUAAACCCCCUCCUCCCUAAGGGAUUCCUACCCCAACAAAGGUCUCAUGGACCACAGAACUCACUGAACCUGGAUCUGCCCAGCAGCUGCCUUUGGACCCGGCUCCCACCGAGGCCCCAGCAGGGAGGGACACAACACUUUCACUCAGCAAGAUCGUUUUUUGUGUUCCAGUCACACUGUGGGCACCUCUUGCGUCGCCCGCCAUUGCUGUGGAGGGUGGCCAGGGGCCAAAGGAAAAGGCACUGCCUUGCCCCCCUCCCAGGGACAACAGAUAGACAGAUCAAAUGGUCGCCAGAUCUCGAGGCUUCUCCCUGCUCCCCCCUCCCCUCACACAGCUUUGCUUAUGUUAUUUCAGAGUGUAGGUGAUCUGU